CUCUCUUCUCCUCUCUUCUGACAACAACAAAGAUGGCUGGUGGUGGUGGUGGUGGUGGGAAGAAAGGGCGCAGGAAGCAGGUGAAGGUGUACAUCCAGUCCCCGUUCCAACUGCAUCUGCCGACCAUCGCCAAGGAUGACCAAGCACGCGUCGCAGGGGCCUUGCAGCGCUGCCUGGCGCCUCUCACAGAGACGAUUCGCACGCAAAAGGCGGAGCGGUCGGCCGCAUGGGCCAAGCGCCGUGCAGAGAUGAAGGCGGCACGUGCUGAUGGCGCACGUGGUGCUCCUACAGAUGCAAGCACGGCGACAAGCGCCACCAAGGGCGAUGGUAGGCACGGCACAAAGGCGCACAAGCUCACCCGGAGCGAGCGGAGGAAACUGGCAAAGGCGCGCGGCAAGCAGCGGCGGCGACAACGGCAGCACGACCAACAACAACUGCAGCAGCAUCAGCAAGAAGGCAAGGAAAGCGCACAGGAAGACAAGACUGCAAGUGCCACCGGCAUCACCACCAACAGCAGCAACAGCGGCGGCAACAGUGGCGGCAGUGGCAACAGCAAUAGUGUCGGCGGCAGUGGCGACACUGCUGCACAGGCCACGUCUCAGCACCACAGCGCAAGCACGACAACACCGAGCACAGCAGGGGCGGAAGCGCCUGCCACGAAGAAGGCCAAGGCCGACGUGGCCAAUGCUGAGGUUGAUGUGUCAGCUUCAGCAGAGGCAGCCGCAUUUCUCCGCCGCAACGUCAUCACAGGCAUCAACGCUGUGGCCCGCGCCCUUGAAAAGCGAAAGGCCGAUGCUGUGCUGCUCUGGCGUGGCGUGCAGCCCAACAUGCUUAUCCAGCACAUCCCGAGCAUGUGCCACCGCCUGAACACGCCGUUAUUGGUCCUGGACAAACCGGCGAUCGAGGCCAUCUCGGCGGCGUUUAUGCUUCCGCGCGUGUCUGUGCUUGCGCUGUGCCGUUCGGCCUCACAGCCUUCCUCAGUACCCUCAACAAUUUCUUCCAGCGGCACAGCGCCGCCCGGGACUCCGCCAGGCCCCCUCCUUGACCAAUACUCGCAGCUGGUACAGCUGUGCAAGACAACCGCCGUACCUCUGCAGGUGCCAUGGGCGCCACCUUUGCCAUCAUCCACGGCGGCGGCGGACACAGCAGCGAGAAGAAAUAGCAGCGCUGACGCUGCUAGUGGCGGUGAUGCAACAAAGGUGCAGGGCGGUGUGGCGGGCACAUCGACGACGCAGCACAGCGACAGAAGCGAAGGCAUCAAGUACACCGAUGUCAAGCUGGACGUGGUUGAAGUGGUACCUAAGGAAUUGCAGCAUGGGCGCAGGGUCAGGCACAAACAACAGAAGAAGCAGCAGAAACAGAAACAGCAGCAGCAGAAGAUGAAGGAGGAGGAGGAGGAAAAGAAGGAGUAUGAAAAAGAAGGCGCACAGCAGCAGCAACAGCAACAACAACAACAGCAGCAACAGCAACAACAACAACAACAGCAGCAGCAGCAGCAGCAGCAACAGCAGACAGCAGUCUCGCCAGUACAAGCGAGCAAUGAUGGGAGUGGUGCCACGAGCGAGCCAGAGCUCAAACGUCCAAAGCUGCAGCAGCACUGAGUGACCG